AUGUUAGCCAAAUUCAUACUCGUUGGUAAAAUCCUCAUUAUCAUCAUCCAACAGUCCUGGAAGCGACUGAAUACAUCGCUCCGAUCAGCAGUGCACCGAUUCACCUACCAACCGGGUGAACAACCGAAAAGCAUUGUGGUGAUCGGUGCCUCAUUUGCAGGAUAUCAAGCUGCUCGCUGCCUUGCAAACUCUCUUCCAUCCGGCUAUAGAGUGGUGGUUAUUGAGAAGAAUACUCAUUUCCAAUUAACUUGGGUCCUGCCACGGUUCUGUGUUGUUGAUGGUCAUGACAAUAAGGCUUUUAUUCCCUAUGGCUCGUACAUGAAGGGUCCACCUGGAUCUUGGCAGUGGAUUAAUGAAGCUGUUCAGUCUGUUUUACCUAGUCAUAGUCAUGGUGGACAGUCAGGACGAGUCCAGCUUGCUUCUGGGAGGGAAAUCGAAUAUGAAUACCUUGUUCUUGCUACGGGAUCUUCGGCUACGUUACCUUCAAGGGUGUGUGAAGAGAGUAAGCAUGACGGAAUGAAAGUCAUAGCUGCUCAACGGGAGAAAAUCACACAGGGAAAACAUAUUGUUGUUAUUGGAGGGGGACCUGCAGGGAUUGAGUUAGCGGGUGAUGCGAAGACUCAGUUUCCUGAUAAAGAAGUUACGCUGGUUCAUUCUCGGAAGACAUUGUUGAAUGAUGGAUUUGGGCUGAAGCUUCAUGACGCUGUUUGCAAAGAAAUGGAGAAUUUGGGUGUGAAUCUGGUCCUUGGUGAGAAACCGGUGAUUCCUGAUGGGAUGAAUUCGGGAGAUAUUAAGCUCAGUGGAGGAGAGACUAUUCACUUUGAUUGUCUGAUCAAGUGUGUUGGGCAGAAGCCAAACUCGCAUCUGGUCCAAUUCUUGUCUCCCGAUGCAUUUUCACGGUCAGGUCAUAUUCGAGUCAGAUCAUCUUUGCAAGUCGUGGACGAUGCAUUCCCACAUAUCUUUGCUGCGGGCGAUUUGGUUGAAUCGAAUGGAAUCAAGAAUGCCCGGGCGGCUUUUGAGCAAGCACAAGUUGUAGCGGAGAAUGUCUGUCGUAGUAUUCAGGGAAAGUCGCUCAUUGAGUACAAGGCGGAAUGGUGGGAGGGAACGACAAAGAUCACCUUGGGUAUUGGCAAGAGCCUGGUCUAUAUCACAGAUCGUUAUGCCGAGGUUCUGUUCUCGAUGAAGAAACAAAAGGUCGAACUAGAUAGCGGCAUGGUAUGGAAACAUCUUGGCCAGAAACCGUUCAUAGACCCGGAUGACAAGCUCGCAUUGGUAUAG